GCGGGAGGCGGUGCCGCUCACCUGGGGCCGGCAGCGAGCGAGGCACCGAGCGAGGCACGGAGCCGCGGCCCCGCCGGGCGGCAGGGAGGGAGGGUGUUCGCCGUCCGCCGAGCCUCCCUCCCCGCCCCCGUCUCGCCCGCCCCGCCGGGCCCCUCUCGUCGGCGGGCGGCGGCAGAGCCGCCUCGGGGCGGGCGGCGGCGGAGGUGCAGCCGGGGCGCUGCCGCCACCACCACCGAGCCGACCCCGCCGGGAACAUGGCGACCGGCGGCUACCGGGGCGCCGGGGGCAGCACCACGGACUUUCUGGAGGAGUGGAAAGCCAAGCGGGAGAAGAUGCGGGCCAAGCAGGCGCCGCCGCCACCGGGGGCGGCCGCCGUGAGCGAGCCCAGACCCACGGGGGUCGCCGCCCCGGCCGAGCCCGGCGGCGGCAGCUGCCUGCCCCCCGCCGCCCCGCCGGACCGCCCGGCGCCCCCCGCCGGCGGGGCCCUCAACUGCCUGGGCCUGGGCCGGGCCGCCCCCGCCAAGGAGCCGCCGCCGCCGCCGCCGGGCCUCGCCGGGGGCCGGGGCGCUGAGCCCGCCGCCGCCUCCACCGCCGUGCCGGGCUCCCCCGAGGGCGAGGAGAAGCCGGCGGGCAAGGGCAAGGGCUCGGGGCCCAGCGCCAGGAAGGGGAAGGGGCAGAUCGAGAAGAGGAAGCUGCGGGAGAAGCGCAGGUCGACAGGUGUGGUGAACAUCCCGGCCGCCGAGAGCCUUGAUGAAUAUGAAGAUGAUGAAGCAGGGCAGAAGGAGAGAAAGAAGGAGGAUGCUAUUACUCAGCAGAAUACGAUACAAAAUGAGAGUUCCAGUGCAGAUACCACUGGCUCAUACUUAUUACAGGACUCCUCCAGGGUGGUUUCAAGCAGAUAUAAAAGCACAGCUAAUGCUCCAGAAGACGAUGCUCUCAAUAGAUAUUCCCGAACAGAGAGGACAACUUAUAGCAGAUACAGCAGGGAUACAAACUCUUCUGGGAGCUCUGUACCAAGUACUGCUUUGGAAAAGAGGAUUGAGGAGCUUGAAAGGGAACUUGCAAAGGAGAGACAGGAAAAUCUGAGAUUAAUGAAGAUGACACAGGACAAAGAGGAACUAAUUGGGAAACUGAAGGAAGAAAUUGAUUUAUUAAACAGAGACCUAGAUGAUAUAGAAGAUGAAAAUGAACAAUUGAAGCAAGAAAAUAAAACCCUCUUAAAAGUUGUUGGACAGCUGACAAGGUAGAAGAUUCAAGCCUCAAUGAGGAACGAUUUUAAAACUACUGAUUGAACAUUAAGGUCAAUAUAGUAAUACUUCCUGUGUUGCAUUAUGUUAUAAUAACUGUCUUUAUAUUUAUUGUUAGGAAACCAGAUGAAUGUUUAUUUUCAUAGUACUUUCUUCUUCAUUCAAUGAAAUGGCAUCAAAAUUGGGGUGUAUUUUCAUUUUCAUUUCUCAUAAGAAAAAUAAAAAGUUUUGACAUAUUUCAAAAUACUAAAUUCAAAAAUAUGGGGGUUUUGUAUCUUCAGAUUACAUCUGGAUAUAUCAAAGUAAUUUAAAAUUCAGAGCACCAAGAUCACUUUCAGUCCAUGUGGAUGUAUAUUUUUGAAAUGAAUAGAAGCAAUACAUACAUAUGAGCUUUGUUUACACAGAUCCAAAAUAUAUAUUUUGUGAAAUAUUUACUUUUUUGUUUCAACAUCUGUAAAGUGGAUGCCUUUUUACUGUUGUAUAACAUUUUGCAGAUUGAUUUCUUGCUCUAAAAACUCUUGUAUGUUGACUUUUGUUUUUUUUUUUUACUUUAUCUGAAAGACUGACAAUAGAGUAGUAGCAAUUUUUUUUUUGUAUAGCAGUAUUGUGGCAGGAGGGGGAGGUCUUAUUAAAAAAUAAAUAAAUCACCUGUGGUAUCAGCAUUAAUGAAUUCUUAGAAUCACAUUGAAGUUGUGCACUGCAGUUUAUUUUAAAGCUUUUGCUUUAGCAAUGAAAUGCAAUUUUACUAUCAAACAGUUUUGUUUGCUGUGUUGAGAAUACAAACAGAGCCUGGAGCUUUCAUUUUUGCAAAGACAUUUUUGCAAUACAUUUUUAUUUAAAGGUGUUGUCUUAAGGUGAUCAUAACCAGUGUGAGUUUUUUGAUGUUUCAUUUUUUAAGCUGGGUCAAAAAUUUUGUAUAUAGCGAAGUAGAGAGGAAUAAAAGAGAUUCAUGCAUUUUUGAAACAUCAUAUGCUUAAAAAAACACUUUUAUCCUUGAUUUUAAACUAACAAAGUGUUUAAGAAGUGCCUGUUUAGAUGUUACAGUCCACUUACGAGCACAUACUGAUUCUUCUAUAACAUGACAGUAGAAAAAAUUCUCAUUUUACAUAAACCACAGACAAUUGACAAUUCCAUUCCUAAAAUUCUUAUUAGACAGAAAUUUGAUGUACUUUAUUUCAUAUUAAUACAACAUAUAUUUCAUUCAUUUCAAUCAGAAAAAAUAUAUAGGUCACUUGAGUGAGGAGACUUGAAAACAUUUCAAGGAGUCCAGGCUUUUUUUUGAUGAUUUUGAAGUUUCGUGUCAGAACAUUGCAUACAUAUAGUUUGUGUUACCUUAAAACUUAAAGGCAACUUCAAUAUGUAGUAGCAAUUAUCUUUUCAGAUUUGCCAAUUGUUUCCAUAACACGUAUUUAAUGACUGUAAGAGAUUGUUAAACUUCAAAUUCAGGAAUUAUUGUUAUGCCUUGGAUUGUUUUAAAUAUAGGAUAUGUUAUUUUACAUAUGUGUAUUCUAAUGAGGAAUUUUUCAGAGCUUUAAAGUAUUUUUCAAGAAGUAUUUUUCAAGAUAUGCCAAGAUGCCUUGGAGUUUUCCUUCAUAAUGGAAGAGAUAUCCCAUAGGACACUGUUUAAAACCUUAUCUCAGGGUUUUAAGCGGUAUGUGGGGUUUGUAUUGGCCCUCUAAACUAUGGUAUUCACCAGUGAAUAUUUGUCUUAACAUUAGUCAAACAGUAAGAAGUCCCUUCAUUUAUCACUUCCAUAAAGUUAAAAUUGAAAGUCAUAAAAAAAGAAUAAUUUGAGGUGUAUGCCUUCUAAAUAAAUACAAAACUUUUAUCUGGAACAACA